CCAGGUGCACGCUGGUGUUGGGUUACAGUGACGUCAUUACGCCGAUACGCUACGGCACGUUGACGCACACAGUAAUGGCAGCGAGCGGUAAGAAGAGUGCUUUGCUCUCCUCUCUGGCGGAUUAUGGAGACGAUUCAGAGCCGGACUCUGACCCAGAACCAGAAACAGAAGAGACCGUUUGGUUUCCCACAUCCUCCUGUUUCCCAGCAGGGGGGCGAGUCGGUGGUCUGGUUUACAGCUAUGGAGACGACGACCUGAACCGAACUGAAGAUGCUGAGGACAAAGUGUCAGGAGAUGAAGAGAGCCGGGAGAGCAACUCGGUCAGUAUCGAGAUGGAAGAAUCUGACGAGGCGAGGGAGGCAGAGGAAGUCGAGAUCUUAGAAUUGGAAAAAAAGGACCCCAAUGAGCUCGUUGCUCUUUUCUCGGAGAAAGUGAGGAACAUGUCACCCGACGCCAUCCGGAUCCCCCCCGAGCCGCCCGGACGUUGCUCCAGCCAACUGCAGGACAAGAUCCACAAGCUGUACGAGAGGAAGCUGCAGGGAGACUUCGACACCAACAGCCACAUCCAGAAGAAGAAGGAGUUCAGAAACCCCAGCAUUUACGAGAAGCUCAUUCAGUUCUGCAGUAUAGACGAACUGGGAACGAAUUACCCCAAAGACAUGUUCGACCCCCACGGCUGGUCGGAGGACUCGUACUACGAAGGUCUAGCCAAAGCUCAGAAAGUGGAGAUGGACAAACUGGAGAAAGCCAAGAAGGAGCGCACCAAGUGUGUUUCACAGAUUGAGUUUGUCACGGGGACGAAGAAGGGCACCAACCCCUCUAACACAGCAGCCUCCACCAACAGCAGUAAUACCUCCACCACGUCCACAGAGGCCCAGAAGAGGAAGAGCAAAUGGGACUCUGCGAUCCCCGUGACUCUGGCUCAGCCCGCCGUCAUCACCACCAGCGGUACGCUACCCUCCGUCGUCUCGGUCACCACCACCGCCAGCGGCACCAAGACCACCGUCAUCUCCGCCGUGGGCACCAUCCUGAAGAAGGCCAAGCAGUGACUUCACCACAGGCGGCAGAGGAAGCUGCGUGACCUGUGUUUAGGGCUGGGAGAUGUGCGGAAACUCGGAUAUCACAACGUUUUCGGACUUCUUCUGUCGAUAUUGGACCAUAGAUACUGUCAGUGUUAACACAAUGGGAAUUUUGAUAAAAGCUCAUCAGUAAUGUGGAUUUUUUUACUUAAAAACCAAGAACAAACACGACUUGCAAUAUCAAAAAUCCCUCUAGGAUAUCCAGUCUCGUCUCCAGGUAGUCGAGAUAACAUCGGUGUGUUUCCCAGCCCUCCCUGUGCUCAUUAUACAUGUGAGGAAAAAGCGGACAAAUGACAAUAUGGACUCUGUUUUUUUACAAACCGACAAAUACCCUUACAUCUAAAGACUCUAUCUGCAGGAUCCACAUCUGAAUCCUGACUUGCAUCCUCCAAGAAAUGCUGCAUGGAGAUCUGUCAUGUUUAUGUUGUAGAGAACAAUGUUUCCUGGUUGAAAAGUCUUUGGUUUUCUUCCAGUAUCUUCACUCGUACUAUAGCAGUUAUAUUUCUUUAUCGCUCAUUGUUUUUUCUGCUUUUUUUCUCCUUCAUUGGGAUAUUGACUGAGCUGUAAGGGAAGAUUAGUUUUUUUAGUUUGUACAUAUUUGAUAAGGUGAAUAAAUGGAUCACUUCUUGCCUUUUUUCA